AUGGCUCCACUGCGAUUCGUGGCUCUCCCUUACGACGUUUAUGAUGAGAUCUUCAAGUUCCUUGAUCUUUACUCAUUGCGUCUGAUGUUCGAGGCCUACAGUAUCCGUCCUGACUACGAGACGUUCCGGCGAACUUCCACUCGCCACUUCAAAAAGCGGGUGGAGAAUGUGACCGUGGAGCACCUCUGUGACGGUGAUACUUCCAAAGUUGACUUCCCCAUGUUGGCAAUGUUUCCACCGUGCAAGAUUAACGUUGAAGUGCCUGUUGAACUUUUCGAGAUUGUCAAGUUGUACCUUAAGCAGGUGAAAGUUGAACGAUUGGACUUGAAUGUGUAUGACGAAGGUGCCGGAUUCUCACGCAUCAAUCUUGGCGAUAUCUCUGAGGUAACUGAACUAGUUUUAUUCGGUGUUUUGGUCAACACUGACGAGUUUCCUGUCACCGUUGAGCAACUUUCGCUUGUUGAAUGCCAAUUCGAGUCUCUGCAUCCAAGCUUAGUACACUUGACUAACCUCACUAAAUGUCGAAUUGGCGAUUGCGACCACGACUUCUAUGGUGAGUUACCGCCGCUGAUCACCUAUAUCUCAAUUUUCAAUGGGGAGGAUGCUUCUGUGGAUGGAUCCUCACUUCCGAACCUCAAGCACAUACUGGGUCCUGCUAACGGUAUUUUCUGGGACCGAAUCGAAUCUGCCGAUGUUGACGAGAUUCCCGAAGGUACAAUCUGUGCUAAUUUGAAGGACCUUGAACUCCUGAGCCUGCAGAGCCUCAAAAACAUUCAUUGUCCCAAUCUUCGAAGCGUUUCUCUUGAUGGCCGCAUAAAUCACAUCAACGAUGUUUUAACGUACGGUCAACAAAAUCAACUUGAGUCAUGCGAAUACUUCGGUCGGACUAAUGACUUGACUUUGAUGCUGAACUUGAGAAGAUUACGCGUUGGGUACAAAGAGCGUCUCACGGAGCACACCCCGUUGCCGCCUAAUUUGGUUGAGCUAGUUAUUGAUUCCGGCCGUCCCGUCGAGGGUAUUCCCUUACAGCUUGAAGUAUUUGGGUACAUUUGCAGUAGUGUGGAUUGUGAUGUGACCGUGAGAUCCCCUACACUUAAGCGCUUGCUGGUAGACUAUGCCACAAAUUUAACGGUCAACUGUGCUAAUCUUGAAACUUUGGAGUUGGAAUGUUAUCUGUCUCUUGUGGAGUGCAACGUGCCGAAUGUGACGGAGUUACGUGCAAGAGAUAGAGAGGGGCUUUUGGAACGAGUCCCGAAACUUCGUCGUCUCACUUUAUUGGAUGGGAAACCCUUGGUGGCUGAUCUUGUCAUCAACCAACGUCUUGAGUACAUUUCUCUUGGACUUCUCCGUUUAGGGGAAGUGACGCUUUCGGCAGACACGAUCCUCAUUCGGGAUUGUAAGUUCAUCCACACUCCCACCAUCACAGCGCGGUCCCUCACGAUCUGUCAAUCAGAUGUUCAAAACGUCACUAUCACUAACGUGACUUGUCAAGAAUUGAUUUGCGACAAUCUCAACCACAUUCCUCUUAUGGUGGAGAAACUUAUCCUUUCUUCCUAUCUGUCCUUUUCCAGAGAUUUGUUUAGCAAUUGCCGAAAUCUCACGUCGUUGACGAUCAGACACACCGACAUUAAGCCCGUUUCAUCUAACAGACUUGAUUUGCCAUCGACGUUGAGGAAACUCAGGUUAACGAGCUGCCAAAACGUGCACAUGUUGAACUUUGAAAAUGUCACACAACUCGACUAUAUCGGUUGUGACAGCCGUUCCUUGGAGAUGGUGCCUGGAACCAUCGGGGUUCUCAAGCCAGCAAACUUUCCUAAUGGACUUGUGUCCUCUGGACCCAAUUUGUGGUACCGUCCCGAUUUGUUGACAUAG